UUCACGUUGGCCAUGCGCCAUACACAACAGCCGCAGAGCAGUAUCGACAAACGUUCACAUAACAUUUAGACGUAAUAAAUAUAGUGUCACUUCUCUCCUUAUAUUUUAGUAUUAGAUUAUUCAAACUUCAACCCUCUACGUUUUAGUUGUUUAAGUGUUAAGUGUAUCUGAUAAUGUUUGAAUAAUGCAUAGUGCCGCAUCCGAAUACGCAUUCUGAAGCAAUUACGUAAUGGGAAUUAUGCUAGAGAAGUUUAGAGUUUUGCCCUGAAAUUCAACAUGGCCGCUGACACGGGAAUGGAUACUUGCCCCAGUCCGGAAAUUACGGACUCCAGAAAACGACCUCUAGAUGGAGAUUCAGAAAAUGGAGACAUCAAAAGAUCACAUUUUAGCUCGGGUGGACGUUGUUUUUUAGUUCAAGACUUGGUGACGGCCUUGCCACUGGCCAACGGCCAUGGCAAUAUAACGUCUCAUUUCGCAGUGGAGCCGACGUACCACUUCAAGGUGCUGGUGCCGUCGAUGGUGGCCGGCGCCAUCAUCGGCAAGGGCGGUGAGACCAUCGCCCAACUGCAGAAGGACACCGGCGCCAGAGUCAAGAUGUCCAAGUCUCAUGACUUCUAUCCAGGUACAACGGAGCGCGCUUGCCUGAUCACUGGCUCCGUGGACGGCAUCAUGAUGGUGUUGGACUUCAUUAUGGAGAAGAUCAAGGAGAAGCCGGAGCUGGUGAAGCCGUUCCCAGAAGGUGUCGAUACCAAGAUGCCACAGGAUAGAGAUAAACAGGUUAAAAUCCUAGUACCAAACUCGACAGCGGGCAUGAUAAUAGGCAAGGGCGGCAACUAUAUCAAGCAGAUUAAGGAGCAGAGUGGCAGCUACGUCCAGAUAUCGCAAAAGGCCAAAGAGCUCUCUCUACAGGAGAGAUGCAUUACUGUUGUAGGGGAAAAGGAGAAUAACAAGAAAGCGUGCCUAAUGAUAUUGCAGAAGGUGGUAGAUGACCCUCAGUCGGGGUCCUGUCCCAACGUGUCGUACGCGGACGUGGCGGGCCCCGUCGCCAACUACAACCCUACUGGCUCGCCGUACGCCGUGCCCACCUCUGAGGUGACAGAGAGUCAUGGUCUGGGCGGGUCUGUGGGCGCAGUGGGCGGCGUGGGCUCCGUGGGCUCGGUGCUGGUGAACGGCGCGGCGGGGCUGGGCGCGCUCUCGCUGUCCCUCUCGCUCGCCCCGCCCGGCACGCCGCCCCCCUCGCCUCUCACUCAGCACACGCUCGACCAUAUUAAGGUGGCGCUCCGCCAGGCGGGGUACUCCGAGGCGGGCAUAUCUGAGAUAGGCGCGGCGCUGUCGCUGCUGGUGAAGCACGGCGUGCUGGGGCUGGCGCUGCCGGCCGCGCUGCCGCCGGCGCCGCUCUCCGCCGCGUACUUCCCGCUGCCGGCGCAGGACUCGCCCGCGGUCUUCGGCCCGCUGGGUCAGGUCGGCCUCGGUGAGUUCUACUACACGUAUACAAACUCUAUCAACAAAUUACGCGACAACGACCUCUGGCCGCUGACGUACCAAUAUUAAAUUGUCUUCACUAUGAGAUCGCUUUAUACGGUACAAUCAGCUGCUAAAAAUAUUUACAGCUCUAAACUUGUAUAGCCUAUCAAAUAUAUAGACGUAUCUGUUUGCAACCAAAUACGAUUAUGCAAUUGACGAAUACGUGUUUAAAUGUAUUUGAAACUUUUACUAAAUUGAUACGUAGUUUUGCAGCUAACUGUACUUUUAAAUAUAGAAAGUAUUACAUUUGUCUCGUAUUCGUUUCGCCUAUAAGUCGAUUUAGUUAUAGUAUUCAAUCCGAUUGAAAUUAUGUGUCAAAUCAGGGUUCGAAACGAUACGGUAAUGAAGGUACGUUGAAAGUUUAUGUAGCGCAAUUUAGGAUAUAUUAUAGCGGAAUUAAAAGUGUUUAGUAUGCUAAUUUAAAAUUAUUUAAAAGACUAUAAAGGUUACCAACGAAUUCGUAGUAAAGAGGGACGUUAUGUAUUAUUUAGGUUAGUAAUUUUAAUAUAGUAACAAUUACGUGAAAUGUUUAUGUUAAAUUACGUUUUUAUCUACUUCGACAAAUUUAGAAAGACACAAGUGAGAUUAGGAUAAUUGAAAAUAUAUCGAAAAAGCAAUAAGUUGAUAAAAUUAAUCAUUAUUGAAGUAUGAAAUUUCUUUAACAAAGUGUGGUAGGUGUUUGUGACUGAAGUGGUUAGAAAAGAUAACAAGAUUUCAUCCAGUUUCUUUUCCAAUAACUUGCUAUAGCUCGAAGGACCAUUUUCAUAUCAAGUAAACAUCAAUCAAUAAUCAAUUCAUUUAAAUAGUUUUGACAUAAAAUAAGUAUGAGGUUUUCUUUGAAAUAAUUCCCAAUUCACAGUUCACAAUGUUCAGGACUUAUAAGACUUAUGUUGGACUUAGAAGACAUGUGAAAUGAGGUUAAUCCAAUUACUGAUAAUAGGAAUAUCCCGCUUUAAUCCCGAGAGCAAAGUAAAUCAUGGUCGCUGUAAACAAAUUGACAAUAGUCGACAAAUCCAUCAAAGACUUGACCUUGCGAACGCUGCGUCAAGGUUUCAUAUGUAAGCUAAAUACAACUUUAAGCCAUUGCAAUAGAUAUCAAUUUCUAUAUAAAUAUAUAACCUUGUUUGAGGUAUAAUCACAAACACUAAGCCCCAGCUAAUUGUGUGCAUUUAUUUAAAAGGUCGCACGUUUUGUUUUACUUGUCAAGGGAAUUUUUACUUUAUGAACGUUGUAAUAGUUAUUGUAAUCGAUUGUUUAGCAGUUUGAAUAGUAUGCAUAUUUUAUUAUUAGAGAAAUAAUCGAUUAUCCUUGUAACUUGUUACACGUGAAGUUUGUAAUAAAAUUUUAUGAUAACUUCCGAAAGGAUUUUUAUAAAAAUGACCAUGUUUUUAAGUCUCAAAAAUUAAUUACAAUGCAUAUUGAAUACUUCAUAUUAUACUUAUUAGUGGCUACAGUCAUAAUUUUUUUCUUCCGACUAAAUAUGAUAUAGGCAACUUUAUUAUUUAAAAAAAUGCCAUAUAUGGUA